GGUCAACUCGACACAUCCAGCAAAAAUGGCGUCGGCAGGCGGCAACGCCUCUGAUGACUCCGCUGCGAGUUCUAUUUCAUCAUACGAGACCGAUGAGUCUGGCGACGUCGAUGCCCGGCAGUGGCAAGGGCCACCGUCCACAUGGCGGGCGUUCAAUGCCCAGGAGAUCAGCAACGCCACUGCGCUUGAACAGAUCCGCGACCGCAACUUGUCGCUGCACCUUUAUAACGCCUUCGCUCUCAAGUAUCGUCAUCGGACACAUGACACGUUAAUGGCCGCGCCAGAUCCUGAACAGGACAACGACGCGGAGACUGGCCGCAUGGUCCAGACAGACUCCUGGGUGCCACCACGUUCAUGGACGGCAUGGCCCCUAGACACGUCGCGAGUCCCACAAGCCGACUUCCUGCGGCGUGCGUCAAGAUCCGACCCGGUCGAGAGGUUCUCCCUGCGCAUGGAUGUAAAGGAGACACCCAGCUCAGCCAUGCAAGACGCUAUCGUCGCCAGUGUCUUGCGUACCGCCAAGGAUCACUUCUCUUCUCGGGCUUGGGUCGCCAGCAUGGACAGCCGCGAUAGCCCGGAUGUGUCGGAGCGCGACUACAGUCCCUCGAAUCCCAAGUCUGUUGGCAUGGAACUUGACGAGCCAAACGUCAACACGCAGAGGCGCAUCAAGUCCUUUGCAAGCCAGAAAAUAGAUGGCCUUAUCCCUGUUGUUUCAGCAAAUGAUGAUGCUUCGCAGCAGAUACUGGCGCCCUGCGCGCGGCAUAUCAUGUCCAAGCUUGAUGAUACUUUGAUUGCUCUGCAUAACGCCCAGGAUGCGGCGACGAGCUACCUCUCCGAUGCCUCCGAUUCGGAUUCUGGGCACUCUACGCGAUCGCGGCAGAGAUCUGCAAGUCGCGAGCCCACGAUUCCCAGACAACGCAGGAUGUUACUGAAACCAGAAGUUAUCAAGAGUUUCAUAAGUCAGUGGGAUCCAGACGCGCCGACGCUUGAUGCUGCUUCACAUGAGCAGACCAAACGAGGUAGACCAAAGAAGAAGUAUCCUAGACUACCGGGAGAAAGCGACUCAGAUUACGUCCUUCGUGUCUCACGGACACGCAAGUUGAGGAUACCGAUGCACAUGAGGCUGGGGUCGUCACCUCCGAGCCAGGAGAAUUCAGCACGAGAAGCAAAAGCCUCAGAAGCAGAGAGCAAAGCGCCCCAACAAACCAGAGCGCACAGCUUCAGUGAACGCCGGAGGAGGCAGCUCCAGCCUCGCGAUUGGACCGAUGUUCUGGCGGCCGCAUCGUUAGCUGGCUUCUCGCCACAGGUCAUUAACCGUGUUGCAACGCGCUGCGCAGAUCUCUUCAGGCAGCAAACGAGAACACAUACGCUCGAGGAAACUCGACAUGACCAUGAUACAUGGACAUCGACACGAACCUUCCUGGCCGGAAUGCCAAUGCCUCGGAUUGUACUUGAAGGUCUGCCAGGCGAGGACAUAGACGUGGAGGAUGCACUACAUCAGGCAUCAGUCGGGCCAGCCAGCGGGCAUGCUGACUCGGAGAUCGAUCGCGCAUCAUCUCGUGGGCGUGCAACUUCACGGGGACCAUCCGUUUCCUCACGAAGCCGCUCAGACUCGGCACAUGCAGGUCGCGUGUUCCCAUGCAAAGUUGACGAGUGUCCCAGGUCAAGAGAGCCCUUUCAGCGCAGAUCAAACAUGGUCAGGCACAUGAAGCAAGUUCACGGCAUGAAGGUCGAUAUCGACGUCGACAGCGAAGACGAGAUGUACGGUGCGGUCCAUGUUGACGGGUACAUGAAACCUGUCCGGGUCAGGCCUGGCUGGCGCAGGGAAACGGUCACGGCAUCCAGUCGCGAGAUCCACGAGCAGCGCAAGAGGAAGAGAGGUCGUUCGAGGCGGGAGAAGGAUGAUGAGACGUCAUAGAAUAUCAAUGACGGGUGUUGAUCUCGCUAUGCGCGUGAAGCGAGCUUUAUAAGCCCUCCUGGCUUAUGAGGACUCCCAACCAGUACAAUCUGAGGGCUUGGUGGGUUUUGUGCAGUGUAGAUCGGUAGCAUGACAUCCACGUUCUGUUCGAGUCAAGGCUGAGCCGUCUGGGAGUUUGAUCGGAAGCUGCCCUCGGCACCUGUACAUCUAAUCCGCUCGAAACGAUGCUCGAGCAUUGAUUCCUAAUGUGUUCGCAAAUGGGCGCUUCAUGUCACCCUCUGUUGCUCCGUAUCACGUCGACUCAAGAGCCGCCCCGGUCUUUGGUUGGCAACAUCACGAGCAAAAGUUUAUGCCAAUGUAGUGAGCUCAACUACGAGGCAAGGGUGCAUAUCGCAAC